CGGGGCGGAAUAGGAGACAGACGCGCAUGCGCGCAAGCCCGCACGCAGCGUAAGGCCCGAGGCUCGCUUUGCCGCCGCUUUCCGUCGAGCGCCUCCCUCAGCGAACCGGCGUCAUGCUGCGGGCCUGUCACCGCGCGGGGAGCACAGCGGCUCAGACUUGUCUGUGUGGCAGAAGUUCAGUCCGUCCAUUACGUCUGGGUCGUGGAUAUGCUACAUCUGGAGAAUCUGGUGUCUCUGCAGGCAAAAUCAUAGGAGCCAGUGUUUUGUUUGUUGGUGGAGGAGUAGGCGGAACUAUUUUAUAUGCUAAGUAUGAUCCACGCUUCAGAGAAAAUGUAGAGAAGACCAUCCCUUAUUCCAGCAACGUCUUUGACAUGGUACUGGGUCCUUCUUUUAGUAUUCCAACACCAAAGAAGCCAAUACAGUCGGGUCCAUUGAAAAUCUCCUCUGUAACAGAGGUAAUGAAAGAAUCUAAAACAACCUGCUGCCAAAACUGCAAAGAGUAAAAACCGAGGAACCCUCAACUGC